CAGGGACGCCAUUUUAAAAACGCUACUGUCAACAAUUUGUCAAAAAACAAUUCUGGUUGCCGAUGAUCGACGUGUUGUGCGGUUCCUACAAAAUAAAUAAAUACGCAAUUAUACAGCGAAUUCGACUGAGGAGAACUUGCUAGUUCUCCUCUAUAAUCAUGUACGACACUGAAGAUGACCAUUAUGAAGAAAUCGACGUGGAAGAAAUUUCCUCUGAACUCUGGCAAGAGGCCUGCUGGAUCGUCAUCAACGCUUACUUUGAUGAAAAAGGGUUAGUACGCCAGCAGUUGGACAGUUUUGAUGAAUUUAUUCAAAUGUCUGUUCAACGUAUAGUAGAGGAUUCUCCACCCAUCGAGUUACAAGCUGAAGCUCAACAUUCAUCAGGUGAAAUAGAGACACCGCCAAGAUACCUAUUGAAAUUUGACCAAAUAUAUUUAUCUAAACCAACACAUUGGGAAAAAGAUGGAGCGCCGUCUCCUAUGAUGCCUAACGAAGCCAGGCUUCGUAAUCUGACUUACUCAGCACCAUUGUAUGUGGAUAUAACAAAGACUAUUGUGAAGGAACAUGAAGAUCCUGUUGAAACUCAACACCAGAAAACUUUCAUCGGAAAAAUUCCCAUUAUGUUACGAUCUACAUAUUGUUUACUCAACAAUUUGACUGACAGAGAUUUAUCAGAAUUAAAUGAAUGCCCACUUGACCCUGGUGGUUAUUUUAUCAUCAACGGAUCAGAAAAAGUAUUAAUUGCUCAAGAAAAAAUGGCUACCAAUACAGUGUAUGUGUUUAGUAUGAAAGACGGCAAGUUUGCAUACAAAACAGAAAUUCGUUCUUGUCUUGAGCACAGUUCUAGACCUACAUCAACACUGUGGGUCAAUAUGAUGGCUCGUGGUGGGCAAAAUAUAAAGAAAUCUGCUAUUGGCCAAAGAAUUAUUGCAAUUGUCCCAUAUAUCAAACAAGAAAUUCCUAUUAUGAUUGUAUUCAGAGCUCUUGGCUUUGUGGCGGACAGGGACAUAUUAGAACACAUUAUCUAUGAUUUUGAUGAUCCUGAAAUGAUGGAAAUGGUAAAACCUUCACUAGACGAAGCUUUUGUGAUUCAAGAACAAAAUGUAGCACUUAAUUUUAUUGGUGCCCGUGGUGCUCGGCCUGGUGUUACAAAGGAGAAGCGUAUUAAAUAUGCAAGGGAAAUUCUGCAAAAGGAAAUGUUACCUCAUGUUGGUGUAUCUGAUUUUUGUGAAACUAAAAAAGCUUACUUUUUGGGAUACAUGGUGCACAGGUUAUUGCUUGCUGCAUUGGGUCGUCGUGAGCUUGAUGACAGAGAUCAUUAUGGCAACAAACGCUUAGAUUUGGCUGGACCCCUUCUUGCUUUCUUAUUCAGAGGCCUAUUCAAGAACCUUCUGAAAGAAGUAAGAAUGUAUGCGCAGAAGUUUAUUGACCGAGGAAAGGAUUUUAAUCUGGAAUUGGCAAUUAAAACUAAGAUAAUAACUGAUGGAUUGAGAUACUCUCUUGCUACUGGAAACUGGGGUGACCAAAAGAAAGCUCACCAAGCUCGUGCUGGUGUGUCACAAGUAUUGAAUAGACUAACCUUUGCAUCAACACUGUCUCAUUUAAGACGUGUGAACUCUCCCAUCGGUCGUGAUGGUAAAUUAGCCAAACCUCGUCAGUUACACAACACACUGUGGGGUAUGAUUUGUCCUGCUGAGACUCCAGAGGGUGCAGCUGUAGGCUUGGUAAAGAACCUUGCUCUGAUGGCAUAUAUCUCUGUAGGAAGUCAACCAUCUCCAAUUUUAGAGUUCUUGGAGGAAUGGUCAAUGGAAAACUUAGAAGAAAUUGCACCAUCGGCUAUUGCAGAUGCUACAAAAAUAUUUGUUAAUGGUUGUUGGGUUGGUAUUCACAGAGAUCCAGAACAGUUAAUGGCGACACUGAGAAAACUAAGACGCCAAAUGGAUAUUAUUGUGUCUGAAGUGAGCAUGAUUCGUGACAUUAGAGACAGAGAAAUCAGAAUUUACACUGAUGCUGGAAGAAUCUGUCGCCCAUUAUUGAUUGUUGAGAAUGGAGCUUUGUUAUUAAAGAAAAAGCACAUUGACGAUCUUAAGGAAAGAGACUUUAAUAACUAUGGUUGGCAAAAUUUGGUAGCAAGUGGUGUUGUUGAAUAUAUUGACACCUUAGAAGAAGAAACUGUAAUGAUUGCAAUGAGUCCAGAUGACUUGGCACAAGUCAAAGAGUAUGCAUACUGUACUACAUAUACUCAUUGUGAAAUUCAUCCUGCUAUGAUACUGGGUGUUUGCGCUUCUAUUAUCCCAUUCCCUGAUCACAAUCAGAGCCCUAGGAACACUUAUCAAAGUGCUAUGGGUAAACAAGCCAUGGGUGUGUACAUCACUAAUUUCCAUGUGAGAAUGGACACACUGGCACAUGUACUGUACUAUCCACACAAGCCAUUAGUUACCACUCGUUCUAUGGAAUAUCUGCGGUUUAGAGAACUGCCUGCUGGCAUUAACUCCAUUGUUGCUAUCUUGUGUUAUACAGGAUAUAAUCAAGAAGACAGUGUUAUUUUAAAUGCAUCAGCAGUUGAGAGAGGAUUCUUUAGAUCUGUGUUUUAUCGCUCAUACAAAGAUUCGGAGUCCAAGAGGAUUGGAGACCAAGAAGAACAAUUCGAGAAACCAACUAGACAAACAUGUCAAGGCAUGCGAAAUGCUUUAUAUGAUAAAUUGGAUGAUGAUGGCAUCAUUGCUCCUGGCAUAAGAGUAUCUGGUGAUGAUGUAGUAAUUGGGAAAACAAUUACAUUACCUGAAAAUGAUGAUGAGUUAGAAGGUACAACAAAACGUUACUCUAAACGUGAUGCAUCCACAUUUUUACGUAAUAGUGAAACUGGUAUUGUGGAUCAAGUUAUGCUCACAUUGAAUAGUGAGGGCUACAAAUUUUGUAAGAUUCGUGUAAGAUCCGUACGCAUACCUCAGAUUGGAGACAAAUUUGCUUCUCGACACGGGCAAAAGGGUACUUGUGGAAUUCAGUACAGGCAAGAAGAUAUGCCAUUUACGUGUGAAGGCAUUACUCCUGAUAUUAUCAUUAAUCCUCACGCCAUUCCCUCUCGUAUGACUAUUGGUCACUUGAUUGAAUGCAUUCAAGGCAAAGUGUCUUCUAACAAAGGAGAAAUUGGUGAUGCUACACCGUUUAACGAUGCUGUAAACGUGCAGAAAAUUUCUUCACUAUUGCAAGAAUACGGCUAUCAUUUACGUGGGAACGAAGUUAUGUAUAAUGGUCAUACAGGGCGUAAGAUUAACGCCCAAGUGUUCUUAGGACCGACGUAUUACCAACGUCUGAAGCAUAUGGUGGAUGAUAAAAUCCAUUCGAGGGCUCGAGGACCAGUACAAAUUUUGGUGCGACAGCCUAUGGAGGGCAGAGCUAGAGAUGGUGGAUUGCGUUUCGGUGAAAUGGAACGUGAUUGUCAAAUUGCUCACGGUGCUGCACAAUUCUUACGGGAACGUCUUUUUGAAGUAUCAGAUCCUUACCGCAUACACGUUUGCAACUUCUGCGGUUUAAUAGCCAUAGCUAACUUACGUAACAAUACGUUUGAAUGCAAAGGAUGUAAAAACAAAACACAAAUUUCCCAGAUACGAUUGCCCUAUGCUGCCAAACUGUUAUUCCAGGAGCUAAUGUCAAUGAACAUAGCCCCAAGGCUGAUGGUAGUAAAUUAAGUAUAAAAUCUUAUAUUUUUGAAGUUGUAAUUAGCUCUUACCUGGUACAGUGCUUAAACACUUCUUACUGAAUAUUAAAUUCAAAAACUAGAUGACAAUGAACUAGAGUUGACAUCAUAUCAGCGUUGGCAAAGUAACAUUGCCCUAUUUUUCUACCCGACUUUCAAGGGUUAUGUUUUAUAAAUAAGAUUUUCAUAUUAAUUAAUAAAUUUAGCACUGGCGUGCCGACGACAGUAUCUAUACGUACAUUUACCACAUACCAGUUUGGGUGUAUUACAUUAAAUCUGUAAAAGCUGUUAGAAAGUUAAUAAAAAUACUUUUAACAUUUCA